AUGUCAAUGGCAUCUCAAGCUUCGACUGGUGAUCAGCGCAAUCGCCACCACGAUGGGAGCAAUCCCCCCCCAUCGCAGGGCCUCGAGAAAAGGGCAGUUGUCUCCUCGCUGAUCUUCAAAUUUCCCGACGGCGAGUCUGGAAAGCCGCAGGUAGCGCUCUUCCGGCGCAGCGAGAAGGUGAGGACAUACAAACAUCACCUCGCCCCCAUUUCCGGCAGCAUCGAGUCCACCGAUAAAGAUCCGCUCUGUGCAGCCUGGCGUGAGAUCUACGAGGAAACCACUCUUACCCCGAGAGACCUCACUCUCUGGCGCGUCGGCAAGCCCUUCACCUUUAGCGACGCAUCCGUUGGCCGCGAGUGGACCGUGAGCUCAUUCGCCUUCAAGCUCAAGCCCGCCAGCGAAGGCGGCCGCGGUGAGGAAGCCAUCACCAUCGACUGGGAACACGAAAGCUGGGAAUGGCACGACCCGAGGACCGUUGUCGACGACCCGGCCUUCGGCGGCGUGCCGCGCCUGCACGAGACGCUGCGCCGCGUCUGGUUCAAAUGCGAGAUGAACGAGCCCGCGGCGCGCGCGCUGGAGGCCGGCUUGAAGCGGCUGCGCGAGGACCACGAGAGCGGCGCGCAUGAGCUGACCGUGCUCGCGCUGACGGCGUUCCGGGAGUGCGUGGUGCAGAUGCGCGACGGCCUGGACGCGCACUGGUGGGGACUGCUGUGCAUGGCGGCGUGGCAUCUCGUCAAGAACGGGCGCGAGAGCAUGGGCGCCGCGACGCUGAAUGCGCUCCUCGCCGUGCUGGCGGACAUCGACGAGAUCCGCGCGCCCCAGACCCCGGCCACGGAAGCGGCCAGCGAGCGCACCUGGGACCGCGUCCUCUCCACCAUCGACUUCCAUCUGUCCAGGCGGAAAUCCAGCACCGCGCGCGUCACGGACGCCUUCACCGCAUACCUCACCUCCACCUUCCUCUCUCCCACCACCACCACCACCACCACCACCAACGACAACCAAGCCCAAACCCAGCGCCCCAAACUCACCAUCCUCACCCUCUCCGCCAGCUCCACCAUCCGCGACAGCAUCCUCACCUCCCUCGCCGCCCUCCCCAUCCCCACCCUCGAGCUGCGCAUCCUCGAAUCCCGCCCGCUCUUCGAAGGCGCCAGCCUCGCCUCCUCCAUCUACUCGCGCUUCAAGUCCGAGGUCGAGGCCGAGGUCCAGGACGCCGCAACCCCACACAAGUCCCUCCUCGUGGAGCUCUACACCGACGCCUCCGCGGCCCUCGCCGCCAAAGACGCAGACAUCCUCCUCUUCGGCGCGGACCGCAUCAGCUCGUCGCGCGGCGUGAGCAACAAGACCGGCUCGCUGCCUGCGGUGCUGAGCGCGCGCCACGCCGCGCCGGGAAUCAAGGUGGUUGUGCUCAGCGAGCUGGAGAAGGUGGUGGGUGGGGACGGCGUGCUCGAGGAUACGGUCGAGGAGAAUGACCCGCGGGAGGUGGUGAGUGCGUGGCGGAGUGAGGGGGUCAAGGCCGUCAAGGUGCUGGAGGAUGGGAUGGCCGGUGGCCCGGGGGAUGCGGGUGGUGGAUCGAGCAUUCGGGUCAGAAAUGUGUAUUUCGAGUGGGUACCGCUGGCGCUGGUGGAUGCGUUUGUGAGUGACGAGGGGGUGCUCGAUGAAGGGAGCAUUGAGAGGAAGUCAGAGCAGCUUGCGCAGCUGGCAGAAAAGUAUUUCGGGGACCUGUGA